UUCGAGGUGGCAACACUUGUGGAAAAACGAUGCCUCCCGCUCUCAUUAUUUCUUCUCCCCCUACAACCCCACGCUCGGCAACUCCAUUUUCCAGGGCAACAAACUCGCUCAAGCUUUAGGCCUCAGAUAUGGAUCGACGCCUUCGAGAAAGUGUUGUAAGAGGGGACGUACCAAGCUUUCUCAAACUCAUGCAAGAAGAUGAAGAUAUCAUUAAACAGACGGCACCAGGAUCCCUCAAGACAGUCUUACACUUGGCUGCACGUUUCGGGCAUUUGGAGUUGGCGUCAGAGAUCACAAAGUUGAGGCCGGAGAUGGUGGGGGCUGAGGAUGAGAAAUUGGAGACCCCAUUGCAUGAGGCUUGCAGCGAAGGGAGAGUGGAGAUUGUGAGGCUCUUGGUGGGAACCGAUCCUUGGGUUGUGUACAAGGUGAACCAGGAAGAAGAGAGUGCGCUCUUCGUGGCAUGCGAGAGAGGGCAGGUUGAUGUUGUUAAACUUCUGCUGAAUUAUCCCUGCAGGAUGCUGAUGUUGGAGGUGGAUGCGCCGACUACUUCCCUUCAUGUUGCAGCUUCAGCUGGCCACACAGAUGUGGCGAAGGAGAUUCUAAAGGCACGUCAGGAAUUUUCCUGGAAAAAAGACAAGCAUGGCUGCACGCCUUUACACCUCUCUUGCAGCAAAGGGCAUUUGGAGAUAACCCGGGAGCUUCUAAGGUUGGACGCGGACCUCUCUUCCUUACAAGACAAUGACGGACGUACCCCGCUUCACUGGGCUGCCAUUAAAGGCCGAGUGAAUAUCAUUGAUGAGAUUCUAUCCAUAAGUAUUGAGUCUGCUGAGAUGAUAACCAGACAUGGAGAGACCGUUCUUCACCUAGCAGUGAAGCAUAACCAAUAUGAAGCUGUUCGGUACCUUGUCGAGAAUCUUAACAUAACAAAACUGGUUAAUCUGCCUGAUAAUGAUGGCAACACUGUCUUGCAUAUAGCAACAGCUGGAAAACUGACUACGUUGGUAAUCUAUCUUCUGAAACUUGGUCUGGAUGUAAAUGCAAUCAACCGAAAAGGAUUCACUGCUCUGGACGUUGUUGAAUCAGAUGCAAGCAAUUCUGGUGCUCUUGCAAUAGUACCAGCAUUACAGGAAGCAGGGGCUAAACGAUGUGACCAAUUGCCUCCAGGUUCACCAGAAACUCAAAACAUACAGGAAAGCAGCCCAAGAAAUGUCCCGUUUGUGAGGCCAAAAGAGGCACCGGAGACUCCUACACAACACCAACGCCGCCGCCGCCGCCAUCGCAGAGACAAGCAGCUGGAGCUCCAAAAUGAAGGUUUGCGCAAUGCGCGUAAUACUAUCACUGUUGUGGCAGUUUUAAUAGCUACUGUCACAUUUGCUGCAGGGAUAAACCCUCCAGGGGGGUUUAACCAAACCACUGGAAAAAGCAUUAUGGGAAGGCAACCUUCGUUUAAGGUCUUCAUGGUUUGCAACAUCGUGGCAUUAUUCUUGUCUCUAGGCAUAGUCAUUUUCCUAGUUAGCAUUAUUCCAUUUCGACGAAAAUCCAUGAUGAAAUUACUGGCUGUGACACAUAAGGUCAUGUGGGUGUCCACGUCAUUCAUGGCAGCAGCUUAUAUUGCUGCCACGUGGACCAUAAUGCCACGUACGCAGGGUUCUAUCUGGGUGUUGGUGGCAGUGGUUUCUAUAGGGGGAGGGUGCACUAUUGCUAUAUUUAUGGGCUUGGCGGUGCUGCUGGCCUGGCAUUUGCUUAGAAAAUGGGAAUGGAGAAAAAGAAGGGCAAAGAACGGAAGCCCCAGUAGCAGCAUUAGUCGUGUUGAAGAGAUGCAGAUAAUGAAGAAAGGUAGCCACGAGUCUACUAGCAAUUCAGAUAUUGAUAGCUCUGAUCAAGGGUUCCACCCUUACUAGUGUACAUUAGCUAAUUUUUGCUUGACUGGAUAUGGAACCAGUAAUUUAGUUGUUGAUAACUCUGAUGUAGGGGAUAUCACCCGUAUAAUUAGGCUACUUUAGUUCAAUAAUUGUGUAUAUAAUUAUAAACCCUAUUCGUUAAUUAUUACCAGGCAUCAAGAUUUUUAGUUUCAGUUUA